UCAGAAGCAAGCCCCAUUGCCAGCAACGGAGCUUACUCCCAGCCUACAUCUAAUGCAAAAUGAGUGUCCCUGACUAUAUGCAGUGUGCGGAAGAUCAUCAGACUCUGCUCGUCGUGGUCCAACCUGUUGGGAUUGUUCCCGAAGAAAGCUUUUUCAAGAUCUACAAGCGUAUCUCCACAGUGAGUCAGAUAAACGUCCGUGACUCUCAGCGUGUGUUGUAUAUUCGCUACCGACACCAUUAUCCACCAGAAAGCAAUGAAUGGGGGGAUUUUCAAACACAUCGCAAAGUGGUGGGGCUCAUAACCAUCACAGACUGUUCCUCUGCUAAGGACUGGCCUCAAACCUUUGAGAAAUUUCACAUCCAGAAGGAAAUAUAUGGUUCAACGCUUUAUGAUUCUCGACUGUUCGUCUUUGGACUUCAAGAAGAUAUUGCGGAACAGUCUCGUACAGAUGUGGCAUUUUAUCCUAAUUACGAUGAGUGUGAGGAUGUGGAGAAGAGAAUUGAGGACUUUAUUGAAUCGCUCUUCAUUGUAUUAGAAUCCAAGCGUUUGGAUAGAGCCACUGAUAAAUCUGGAGAUAAGAUACCACUUCUCUGCGUUCCCUUUGAAAAGAAGGAUUUUGUAGGUCUGGAUACAGAUAGUAGACACUAUAAGAAGCGUUGCCAGGGCCGUAUGCGGAAGCACGUUGGUGACCUGUGUCUGCAAGCUGGGAUGUUGCAGGAUUCGCUGGUACACUACCACAUGGCCGUGGAGCUUCUCCGUUCUGUAAAUGACUUUUUGUGGCUUGGAGCUGCUCUUGAAGGAUUAUGUUCAGCCUCUGUUAUUUAUCACUAUCCUGGAGGCACAGGUGGGAAAGUUGGUCCUCGCAGGGCCCAAGGAAGCUCCGUUCCUGCAGAGGCAGGCAACAGGCACAGACCAGGGGCACAAGAAGUUCUCAUUGAUCCAGGUGCCCUCACUUCAAAUGGUAUCAAUGCAGAUACUAGUACUGAAAUAGGGCGUGCCAAGAACUGCCUCAGCCCUGAAGACAUCAUAGAUAAAUACAAAGAGGCCAUUUCCUACUACAGCAAGUACAAGAAUGCCGGGGUGAUUGAGUUGGAAGCCUGUGUGAAGGCCGUGAGAGUCCUGGCAAUACAGAAGAGAAGUAUGGAAGCCUCUGAAUUUCUUCAGAAUGCUGUUUAUAUAAACCUUCGUCAGCUCUCCGAGGAAGAGAAAAUUCAGCGCUACAGCAUUCUCUCGGAAUUGUACGAACGCAUUGGAUUUCAUCGCAAAUCCGCUUUCUUCAAGCGGGUUGCAGCUAUGCAGUGCGUGGCACCGAGCAUCACUGAGCCUGGGUGGAGAGCUUGCUACAGACUUCUUCUGGAGACCCUUCCUGGUUACAGCCUGUCUCUGGACCCCAAGGACUUCAGCAAAGGAACGCAUCGUGGCUGGGCAGCUGUGCAGAUGCGUUUGCUUCACGAGUUGGUGUAUGCAUCUAGAAGAAUGGGAAACCCAGCGCUUUCAGUUCGGCAUUUAUCUUUUCUCCUGCAGACCAUGCUGGAUUUUCUUUCUGAUCAAGAAAAGAAAGAUGUGACGCAAAGUUUAGAAAAUUAUACCUCCAAAUGUCCUGGGACCAUGGAAUUCAUUACCCUUCCAGACGGCUUGAAGCUUCCACCUGUUCCAUUCACGAAACUACCCAUUGUAAGAUCUGUCAAGCUCUUAAACCUCCCCGUCAGCCUUCGACCGCAAAAAAUGAAAAGCUUGCUGGGCCAGAACAUGUCAACCAAGAGUCCCUUCAUAUAUUCUCCAAUCAUUGCUCACAAUCGCGGAGAGGAGAGAAGCAAAAAAAUAGAUUUUCAGUGGGUCCAGGGGGACGUUUGUGAAGUUCAGUUGAUGGUAUACAAUCCAAUGCCUUUUGAACUUCGUGUAGAAAACAUGGGCCUUCUGACAACUGGAGUUGAGUUCGAAUCUCUCCCUGCAGCUCUCUCUCUCCCGGCGGAGUCUGGCCUCUACCCUGUGACACUUGUGGGUGUUCCUCAGUCAGCAGGGCAGAUCACCAUCAACGGUUAUCAUACUUCAGUCUUUGGAGUCUUCAGUGACUGCCUUCUGGAUAAACUGCCCGGAAUAAAAACGAAUGGCUGCGCCGUGGAAGUCAUUCCAGCUUUGCCUAGAUUGCAGAUUAGCACCUCGUUGCCCAGGUCUGCUCAUACGCUGCAGCCUUCCUCGGGGGAUGAAAUCACCACCAACGUGUCGGUGCAGCUCUACAACGGAGAGACCCAACAACUCGUGAUUAAGUUGGAAAAUAUUGGAACAGAACCUUUGGAGAAGCUGGAGGUGACAUCAAAAAUGGUCAACAUGAAAGGAAAGUUGUUUGGUGAUUUUCUGAGUUGGAACCUGGAAGACACACUUUCCCAGUUCCCCCUGAAACCAGGAAAAAUGGCUACGUUCACUGUGAACAUUAAAGUGAAGCUUGACUUCUCCUGCCAGGAAAAUCUGCUUCAAGACCUUAGUGAUGACGGAAUUAGCGUGAGUGGGAUUCCUCUUUCAAGCCCAUUUCGGCAAGUUAUAAAACCACGAGUCGAAAAUAAAUCUAUAAAUCCGCCGGAAACAACCAAAGCUGGUGACUUCAGUAAUUUAAAGACACUGGAAGCCAUCUUGAAUUUCAAAUAUUCCGGAGGUCCAGGACACGUUGAUGGAUAUUACAGGAACUUGUCCCUUGGACUUCAUGUAGAAGUGGAGCCAUCGGUCUUUUUUACCCGUGUGAAUACCCUGCCGGCAACAAGUACCCGCCAAUGCCACCUGCUACUUGAUGUGUUCAAUGCAACAGAACAUGAGCUCACGAUCAGUGCAAAGAAUAAUGAAGAUCUAGUUCUGCAUGCUACAGAAUGCCAGCGAAUGGCUAUUCAAGUUGACAAGUUCAAUUUUGAGAGCUGCCCGGACUCGCCUGGUGAAAGAGCACAAUUUACAAGUCCAAGGCAGCUGGAGGAAGAGCAACAGCAGGCGAAAGGUCUGGAAAUCAACAGCAAACUAGACAUUCUCUGGAAAAUCCCCUCUUUGAAGCGUGAAGGGGAAGCGAGCGUGGAAGGCGUCCUCAAUCAACUCGUCCUGGAGCACCUGCAGUUGGCUCCUCUCCAGUGGGUCGUUUCUUGA